UCAUUGCGAUAUGGGAAUGGAGGGGCUGAUCCCUUUCGUCUACGGCGCGAUCAAGAAGCGAAGGGGGACGAGAAGGACGGCGCACCACGAGUUCGUCUCCUCCCCUGGCUCUCCUCCGACGCGGGGGCGGGCCCCGGAGCGCUUCACCGGCGGCGCCUACCACUCCCACAGUCAGAGCUGCCGCUUCGUCGUCGCGCCUUCGCUGGCCGACGAGCUCGAUCUCUUGCACGACGGCGACGGCCGCGCACCGCCUGAGGGUCUCCCAGACGCGCCGUUCCUGCCGGCCGGCGAUGGUCGCGGGUUGUCCAGGUCUCGGAGGUUCAGUAGCAUGCGCGUGAGGUGACAAUUAACUUUGGAGUGUUCUCAGUUCAAACUGUCGUCUACCUUUAGUUCUUUUGUUUUUCUUUUAAACAUUGAG